ACCAUUGAAGAACUACACCAACACAAACUCUUUCUCUCUCUCUCUCUCUCUCUGUGUUGCGAAGCGAUGGCUGUGCAAUUGUGGGAGGGUUUGAAAGAAUCAAUCACAGUAUACACAGGCCUGACGCCGGCGGCCUUCUUCACAGCAAUCGCCGUGGCCAUUGCCUUCUACCAGCUGCUCUCAGCUCUGUUCGGUUCCUCCGAUGAUGUAGGGCAUGCUGAUCACGGCUCUAGCAAGUCGGAAGAGGAUGUGAAGCCUCUACCGCCUCCAGUUCAGCUUGGUGAGAUCACUGGCGACGAGCUCAAACAGUACGACGGCUCUGAUUCAAGUAAGCCUCUGCUCAUGGCCAUCAAGGGCCAGAUCUACGACGUCUCCCAAAGCAGGAUGUUCUACGGACCAGGUGGACCGUACGCCCUAUUUGCUGGAAAGGAUGCUAGUCGAGCGCUUGCAAAGAUGUCGUUUGAGGACAAGGAUCUCAACGGUGACCUUACUGGCUUGGGCGCGUACGAGCUCGAAGCCUUGCAAGACUGGGAAUACAAAUUCAUGAGCAAAUAUGUCAAGGUUGGAACUGUCAAGGUGGUUGCUGUUGCUGAUGAAUCUUCUGCUGUUGCUGCUAACGGUGAAGUUGCACCCGAGGAGGCAACAGAGAUUGCUCGUGAGUCGGACAAAAAGGAAACAGAGUGAUCCUCCAUCACCAUUUAACUGCAAUCAAUAUAUAUCCUUGUUUCACAAAAAGGUUAUAGACAUAGGCAAUUAGGCAUUAAAGGUAUACUGAAUACUGAAUAAUAACUUGAGAAGCAUUGUUUUUCGCCUCCUCUUUCGUUUCUACACAUCUCCACUUGAAUGUAACCUUCACUUGUUAUGAAUAACAUGCUCUCCAUGUUACUGGUAAA